AUGUCAUCCUUGAACGUAUUGAGAUACUCUGCUGUGCUUUUGGGUGUGGCGGUUGGCUUGAAGACCGACAUGGGAUUGAAAUCGCAGGCGUCCAAGCAACAGGAGGAGAAAGCCUACGCUGAGAAGCUGCAACUUAUCGAACAAGCCAAGGCUGAGUACGCCAAGUUGCACGCUCCAAAGGUGAGCGAUACCAAAGCUUCGGGCGAGAAAUUGGAUCUCGAAGACCCUAACUUGGACUACGGAAAGGUUAUUCUUGGUGCCGUCGAGUCCUUGAAGCAGUAA